AAUCUUCCGUUCCCUUGCCUGUGCAGUCCGAAAUGAUAGGACUGCGUUUGAUUUUGUCGGCGAAGCCGCAGUGGGCUGAGCUGCGAGCCAAGCUCGUCUCUUUGGUAGUCGUGCUGCUCUCUCACGUAGCGCUCGCUAUGGUUCCCCGACUAUUCUCUUUCCUCUCACUCCUCGCUGUGCUCCCAAUCGCAGCUUUGGUCAUGGUGUCAACGUACGCCUUUGCUGCGUGGUUGAGGCGGCUUUUACAUAUGAGGGCUUCGGCUCCAGCCAUGGUUAUUAGCCAUAUUUUGUUCAUUUGGGGAGUUCACAUCACAGUUGUUCGUGUAGCGAUUCCAAGCCUACUGGAUGCUGCUCUGAACAUGGAAUGCGUUCUGCUCUUGAUUGGCCUUUACAGAAUUUCUUAUGGUGAUCCUGGAAUUGUGGCAAUUAAAUCAACUUGCUCUGGAGCACUUGGACAAACUGAUAUUUCAGAAUUUCCAAACGAGGGCUUUCCGCUUUUAUUGAGAGUUAGAUAUUGCUACUUUUGUAAGAGAAAUGUUAAGGGGUUUGAUCACCAUUGUGCUGCAUUUGGGAAUUGCAUAGGCCAGAAUAACCAUCACUUAUUUAUGGUUCUUGUUAUUGGCUUCAUUAUUACGGAGGCCACAUUUACAAUGUGCUCCAGUCAAUAUAUCAAAGUUUUAUCUCGUGGGCAGAGCUUUGGUUUUGAGAGAAACAUUGCUGGCAACCUAGUUAUUAGCACACUGCUUUUCUCUUUCCUACAAGUUCUUUGGCAGGUGCCCUUCCUAAUCUGGCAUUUAUAUUGUAUAUGUUGCAACAUCAAAACUGAUGAGUGGGUUAACUGGAGUAAAUACCCUGAAUUUCAACUUGUCGCUCAUUCUCCACAAGAAAGUUCAUUCACAGUGAUGAGAUUUGUGAAUCCGUAUAACCAAGGUAUUCUGAGCAACGUUAGAGAGUAUUUGACAUCAAGUUAAAGUGGUGGUUUUGUCGAACAAACUCAUGGGGUCAUGCUAUGACUACAAAUCAAUGCAAGGUUGACUCUCCUCUUUGAUUCACUCAACAAGUGGCACUUGGCUUUGAUAACUUGUUUGGGAUAUUUUUGGUGGUAAAUUAUUUCAUUUAUUUAUACAUUUAUUUCAUUUGUGGAUGUAAACUAUAUUACUUGGUUUAAUACCUUGCACAUCUAAAGCCUACAACCAAAGUAUUUUUUCUUUUUUAUUUAUUUGCAUUGUUUAUUUUAAGGCCUAGAUGUGAAAAGUGAAGAGUUGCGCUAAGUAGUCGACAAAUCGUAAAAUUUGUCGAAAAAUCAUGACAUUAAUCCUUGUCCUUGUAUAAAUGUUAGGGCAUCCCUUGAAAGCGACGUGUUUUAUGAUCUUAAUAAUAUGAAAAGUGUAUAAGUGUCGUUAAACCGGCACCCCCGACCGCAG